AACCCAAGCUUGCCUAAAAAUACCCUAAGGUUCCCUGUCAGUCGUGUGAAACCUUCUAAGCUCUCACUAUUUCCUUCAGAUUCCGAAAGCAGAUCUAAGCUCAACAUGGUUACCAUCCAGUUCGUGAAGGCGAGGCAGAUCUUCGACAGCCGUGGCAAUCCUACCGUCGAGGUGGAUAUUGGUCUAUCAAAUGGUGCCAAGGUUAGCGCUGCAGUGCCGAGUGGUGCAUCCACAGGUAUUUAUGAAGCCCUUGAAUUAAGAGAUGGAGGAUCAGACUACCUUGGAAAGGGUGUAUCAAAGGCUGUUGCCAAUGUCAACACAAUUAUUGGCCCUGCAUUGAUCGGCAAGGACCCUAGUGACCAGACUGGCAUUGAUAACUUCAUGGUUCAACAACUUGAUGGAACUGUGAACGAGUGGGGUUGGUGCAAGCAAAAGCUUGGAGCUAAUGCCAUACUGGCAGUGUCCCUUGCAGUUUGCAAAGCUGGGGCCAUUGUUAAGAAUAUUCCCCUUUACAAGCAUAUUGCAAACAUUGCUGGCAACAAGCACUUGGUGUUGCCGGUUCCUGCAUUCAAUGUCAUCAACGGUGGUUCACAUGCAGGAAAUAAACUCGCAAUGCAGGAGUUUAUGAUUCUUCCCAUUGGAGCUCCCUCUUUCAAAGAGGCCAUGAAGAUGGGUGUGGAAGUAUACCACCAUUUGAAGGCUGUGAUUAAAAAGAAAUAUGGUCAGGAUGCCACAAAUGUUGGUGAUGAAGGUGGCUUUGCUCCUAAUAUACAGGAGAACAAGGAAGGUCUUGAAUUGCUCAAGACAGCCAUUGCUAAAGCCGGUUACACGAAGGAAGUUGUUAUUGGUAUGGAUGUCGCUGCAUCUGAAUUUUAUGGGACAGAUAAAACCUAUGAUCUGAACUUCAAAGAAGAAAACAAUGAUGGCUCAGAAAAGAUCUCUGGAGAUGCUCUCAAAAAUUUAUACAAGUCAUUUGUGAAUGAGUACCCUAUUUCAUCAAUUGAAGAUCCAUUUGACCAAGAUGACUGGGAGCACUACACCAAAUUAACAUGUGAAAUUGGAGAGGAAGUACAGAUUGUGGGAGAUGAUCUCUUGGUUACCAAUCCCAAGAGGGUUGAGAAGGCAAUCAAAGAGAAGGCUUGCAAUGCCCUUCUUCUCAAGGUCAAUCAAAUUGGAACUGUAACUGAGAGUAUUGAAGCUGUAAAAAUGUCAAAGAGGGCUGGGUGGGGUGUAAUGGCCAGCCACCGCAGUGGAGAAACUGAGGACACUUUCAUUGCUGAUCUUUCUGUGGGUUUGGCCACGGGUCAAAUUAAGACAGGAGCUCCAUGCAGGUCAGAACGACUUGCAAAGUACAAUCAGCUCUUGCGAAUUGAAGAGGAGCUUGGCGCAGAUGCGGUUUACGCUGGUGCAAAAUUCCGCAAGCCUGUUGAACCCUAUUAAAUUUUGGGUAGUGUUGAAUCAAGACUUGUUAAUGCGGAAUUUACAUUCCACUCUGCGGUCAAUAAAGUUUUAAGUAGAACGAUCAACCUAAUGGGGACUGAAUCCUCUCUUUAAUAAUUACUGUGGAAGUUUUGUUCUGAGAGCCAGCAUAGUGCUGAACCCGAGAAAUAUUUUGGUAGUAGGGGGGCGUGGUUGCUCCUCUAUAUAAGCCUAUAACCAAGUUGCCUUUCCUGUGUGGUUAUAGAAAGUUUAUCCGUUUCUGUUUCCUGUCU